AUGUGGCGUGAUCCAACUUGGUCAGCUCAAGCUGUUGAACAUAAUGUUGGUGUCCCCAUGAUGGGCACACGUCGUGGUGUCGCUUUUCCCGGUGGCGACGCUGGCAGCAUCCUUUCACCUCGUGAUACUGCUGGUCUAGGGGUCAAAAUGGUUGAAUAUGUACUGGGAGGAUCACCAACCGAAGCAGGUGGUGUGGCUACUGGGAGUGGUGAGAAAGUAGCUGGUGUAGUGGCUGGGUUGCGCGGUAUGGUGUUGGAAGAGCGAGCUGAAGAUACCUCAUCGUCACCAUUUGAGAAAGAUCUGCACGAAUUACACGAUCAUAAUAACCUUCCUAAUGGACUACACAACGGGCAAGAAGAUGACAAAGCAUUUAAUCGCACGCCGGGGUCGCGGCAGCCGUCGCCGGCGGAGGAGGAAGGCGGCAACGGCGGGGCGGGCGGCGCGGCGGGCGCGGGCGGUGCCGUGCGCAACGGCGAGGCGGGCGCCUUCCCACUGCUGCCGCACGCGCUGCCCGCCGCGCCCGCGCCGCUGCACCACCUGCCGCACCUGCCGCACCCACAGCACCCCCAACACCCGCAACACCCGCAGCAUCAUCCAGGGAUGUUAGGCGUGGCUCCACUGCAGGGAUUGCCACAUCCUCAACACCCCCAAAUUCAUCCCGGCAUGACUCUGAACGACUCUAUGAAUCAGCACAUUGAACUCGUUUUGCAAAUGGAGCAACAUCCACAGUUUGAUAAUAACAGUUUUGCAAGUACACAGUACGCGGGUGGCGUGGGCGGUGUCGGCGGCGUGGGCGGUGGCAGCGGGGGCGUGGGCGGCGUGGCGGGCGCCGGCGCCGGCCUCGUGAAUGGCGCCUCCGUCGUGCAGCCCACGCCCGACUCUGCGCAGCACCACCAGCCAUUCGAGCUGCAGGUACUGUCACACUCAACUCUGCCCUCGCAUACAUUUACUUACAUUAGACAUCAAUUUGUGAACACUUGA